CGCGGCCAUCAGAGAAGCACAAGCCAUCGACGAAGGAGGACGUCCGCCAUUACUCAGAACAAUUCGCUCAUUUCACCUCGGCCUCGUGCAUAUCUGUCAUGUCCUCGCGUCCCUCGCCGUCAUCAGCUUCAGGUCAUCGUUUUUAGCGGCGAGCGAGCUUCUGGGCGGCUUCCUGAGGGUGUUAGUGAGGCUGGUCCUUGCCCCUAAGAUGGCUGCCGAAGACAACUCAAACACUUCGGUGGACAACAUCAACCACCUCAACACACGCAAAAACUUCGUCUGCGGCGUCGUCGAGGGUUUCUAUGGCAGACCAUGGACCCCAGAACAGAGGAAAGAUCUGUUUGUGAAGCAGCAGAAAUGGGGCAUGAACUGCUACCUGUACGCCCCCAAGGAUGACUACAAGCACCGGGCUAACUGGCGGGAGCUGUACACCGUCGAGGAGGCCGAGCACCUCACCGCGCUGAUCACAGAAGCGCGGCAACACGGCAUCGCUUUCUACUAUGCCAUCUCCCCCGGCCUGGACAUCACCUACUCCAGUCAGAAGGAGUUGGCAGCCCUUAAGAGGAAAUUGGAGCAGGUCGCACAAAUGGGCUGCAACGCUUUCGCCAUCCUCUUCGACGACAUUGACCCUGAGAUGAGCGGGGCGGACAAGGAGGUGUUCCAGUCCUUCGCCCACGCCCAGGUGUCGGUGACUAACGAGGUGUUCGCCCACCUGAGCCAGCCGCGCUUCAUGUUCUGCCCCACCCAGUAUUGCUCCACCCGCGCCGUGCCCAACGUACAGACCUCAGAGUACCUCAACACAAUCGGACAGAAGCUGGCGCCGGAGAUUGAUAUUAUGUGGACCGGCCCCAAGGUCAUCAGUAAGGUCCUGACACUGGAGCACAUACGUGAGGUGACGGAGGUGAUGCGUCGCCCCCCCGUCAUCUGGGACAACCUGCACGCCAAUGACUACGACCAGGCUAGGCUCUUCCUUGGCCCAUACUGCGGCCGCUCCCCUGACCUCAUUCCCCUCCUCCGUGGCGUGGUCACCAACCCCAACUGCGAGUAUGGUCCCAACUUCAUCGCCAUCCACACCCUGGCCCAGUGGUCGCGCUCGUCUUCCCUGACUAGCUGUGAUAAUAAUGACGCGGUGAGUGCAGACAUCCGGCUGGAGACCGAGGGUGAGGAUGCCAGUGAUGAGUGUCCCACCGGGCUGUCCCCCAACGCCUACCACCCCCGCCGUGCCCUGCGCAUGGCCUUGCAGGAUUGGCUAUUGGAGUUCCAGCGGUCUGUGUCGGCGUUUGGCACCAUCCAGCAGCCCCAGAUCCCCACACCGGUGCCCAUCCUGCCCUCCGUCAAUACUUGCAUGUCCCUCACCUCCACCACCCUGGCGGCGCCCGGCCUGCCGCAGCCCAACAUCAACGUGCUGGCUGACGCCGUCCAGGACACCACCUUCACGCCCACCAUGAACCCCGUUAUGAACUCCCUAGUGUCAGAGAACAAGGUGGUGGUGGAGACCAGCCCCGAGGAGGCGGACUCUGCCUCCACAGUGUCCCAGGACGCCUCCACCACCUCCGGCGUGGAGCCCAUGGACUGCAACCCCUCCCCCGCCACCUCCCCCCCACACACCGACGACACCAUCAUGAUGGAGAACGGUGAGGUCUCCAAGGCAGACUCCAGCCCUGAGGACUCCCCUGCGGCCCCCCUGGACCAGGAGGACGGCCCCUCUUCCACCACCUCCAGCAGCAGCUCCCCCCCCAGCAAGGCACCCCUCAGCCUGCCCCUGGAUGAGGACAAGGAGGAGCUCACCCUGGAGGACCUGCAGGUGCUGGCGGAGCUCUUCUACCUCCCCUACGAGCACGGCCGCUACGGCAUCACCAUCAUGAAUGAGUUCAACUGGCUCAAGAUAAACUCCCACCUGGUCAUUGACCAGCGCCGCUGCCCGGACCCAGAGACCAAGCCAGAGGUGGAGGAGUGGUUUGAGCGUGCAGCUAAGUUCAGCGACCUGGCCAAGCAGGUGAAGCGCAUGGCCAACCGUCUUAACCGCGUCAAGAACCGUUCCCUCCUCUACGACGUGUACCCCUACGUGUGGGACAUGUGCGGCGUGGUGGGACUCCUCAACUCCUACGUCGACUGGCUAGCAUUGGGCCAGGUUUCUCCAAUGGUCAGCAACUACGUUCAUGGAAACUAUACCUGGUUCAGUAAGGGCUGGCGUGAGGUAUUUAUGUCUGGCGACCAGGAGCCGUGGAUCUUCAGGGGAGGACUGACCGCCGAACUGCAACGCCUCAUUCCCGUGGACGCCAGCAACGACCUGUUUGUGUACAAAGCACCAGAUGUGCCGGCCAGACACUGCUAUGUCAUCCGGCCCUACCUGCCGGCUGACCGGCCCAAGCUGUUCACCCUCAUCCUGCACACUGCCGAUGACCGCAGAGACGGCUCUGCCCUUUAUGCCGCCCACCCCAACUUACCUGGGGACCUCGAGGUUGGGAGCUACUUGGAUGCGCUGGAUGACGAGAAUGUGAGGGACGUGAAUGUCAUGGUGGUGGAGGAUGAGUGGGGUGACCUGGUUGCCUACGGGUCCAUCGCCUGUGAUGGUGUGGAACAGAGCGUGCGAGACGAGACCUACCGCAAGAAGAUCAGGGAAUGCUACCCCAAAGUCACUCGAGAGGAGGGCAUCAUGCUCACCCCCUGCGAGGAGAUGCUAGUGCAGCUGUCCAUGGAGCCUCAGUCGCCCCCCAAGGUGCUGGUGGCCUCACACCCCUCCAGAAUCACCAUAUCCAGUCUCCCUUCCGUCACCGAUGAAUCCGUCAGCAAAAGACUUCUCACCUGUCUCCUGGCUUCCAUUAGGGCAAGAGGGGUGUUCGGAGGGCACUGCUGCGUCAACGUGGGUGAGAAGUGCAAUCUUGAGCAGUACAGUCGCCACGGCUUCCUGGAGAUCACCACGCAGAGUACAACGUUGUACCUGGGACGGUCCUUCUGAUUGCCCGGCACACAUCCCACCACGCCCCUCCCCGCCACAGGAUCUCAGCCCUUUCCUCCUCCUCCUCCUCCUCUUCUCACUGUCCUGUUCCUCAUCGCCAUUAUUUAUCAUCGCAUCCUCUCGAGUCGCAUCUCAUCUGUUUCUGUUCUCUCACUGCCCGCUGCGCCCCUCAACUGCAGCUGUUCAUUGUGAUAUUUAAGUUUACAAAUCGUGAGGAAAUGUAGAAUAUAUAUAUUUCCUAGUCAAAAGUGGAGUUUUUUUUCUGUUUUUUUGUUCCCAUCCAUCAACCGGUGUAUUUCUUUUACACACUUUCGUAUUUUUUAGUCAUGUACAUUUUCAGAGCGAGUUUGAGAUAUAUGAAAGUCAUAUAGUUACAGAAUCUUUUUAUUGAUGAAUAAAAAUAUUCUAUGAG